GAAAAAAAUGGCUGAUCCUCAGACAUACAAAGGAUUGGACGAGAUUAACGUCUCUGAUAUCGAAGCUCUCGGACUAUCAUCCGAGCUUUCCCGCCAGCUCCACGAGAAGCUAGCCGGAAUUGUGAGUAUUUACGGAGCUGCCACUCCCCAAACAUGGUUGCGCAUCUCCCGGGACCUGCUUACCCCAGACCAACCCUUUUUGCUCCAUCAGAUGAUGUACUAUGGUUGCUUCAGAGACUUCGGACCCGACCCGCCAGCCUGGACACCUGACCCGGGAAGUGCUAAACUAACCAACAUUGGGAAGUUAUUGGAGAGGCGUGGAAAAGAGUUCUUGGGAUCAAAGUAUAAAGACCCCAUAUCUAGUUAUUCUGAUUUUCAGGAAUUUUCAGUGUCGAACCUUGAGACCUUCUGGAAAACAGCACUAGAAGAAAUUAACGUUUCUUUCUCUGUUCCCCCUCAAUGUAUUUUGCGGGAGACUCCAAGUCAACCGGGUGGUCAAUGGCUUCCUGGAGCUUAUCUGAAUCCUGCAAAAAAUUGUUUGAUGCUUAAAGGAAACAGGAAUUUGAAUGAUACAGUUAUUAUAUACCGGGAUGAAGGGGAGGAUGAAGCACCUGUUAAAAGUUUGACUCUUAAGGAAUUGAGAUAUGCAGUUUGGACCGUAGCAUACGCCCUUGACACAUUAGGCCUGGAGAAAGGAUCUGCAAUUGCAAUAGAUAUGCCAAUGCAUCAUAAUUCAGUUGUAAUCUACUUGGCUAUUGUACUUGCUGGCUAUGUAGUCGUGUCUAUUGCUGAUAGUUUUACACCAAAAGAGAUAUUAACAAGGCUCAAAGUAUCAAAAGCGGAAGCAAUUUUCACCCAGGAUUCUUUUUUUCGGGGUGGUAGAUGGCUCCCUCUAUACAGCAAAGUAAUUGAUGCUCGAUCACCAAGAGCAGUUGUAAUUCCCAGUAGAGGUUCUACUUUGACAUUGCGUGAUGGUGACAUUUCUUGGCAUGAGUUUUUAGAACGAGUGGAAAACUUGAAAGAAGUUGAGUAUAUUGGCAUCGAACAACCCAUUGAAGCCUUCACAAACAUUCUUUUCUCCUCUGGCACAACAGGAGAUCCAAAGGCAAUUCCAUGGACCAUUGCUACGCCUUUAAAAGCUGCUGCUGAUGGAUGGUCCGUCAUCAGUAUUCACAAAGGUGAUAUACUAGCAUGGCCCACAAAUCUUGGGUGGAUGAUGGGACCUAUGCUAAUUUAUACCUCCCUUCUGAAUGGGGCAUCUAUGGCCCUAUAUAAUGGAUCUCCCCUUGGUUCUAGCUUUGCCAAGUUCAUUCAGGAUGCUAAAGUAACUGUGCUUGGAGUUAUACCAAGUAUUGUAAGGGCAUGGAAAGCAACAAAUUGUACUGCCGGUUAUGAUUGGUCCUCCAUCCGUUGUUUUUCAUCAACGGGCGAGGCGUCUAAUAGGGAUGAGUACCUGUGGCUUAUGGGGAGAGCCAAAUAUAAGCCUGUCAUAGAGAUUUGUGGUGGUACAGAAAUUGGGGGUGCAUUUAUUUCUGGCUCGCUUUUGCAGCCACAAUCUAUAUCUUCUUUUAGUACAGCUUGUCUCGGCUGUAGACUCUUUGUUCUCGGUGAAGAUGGACGUCCUAUGCCAUCAAGUGUUCCUGGGAUCGGUGAAUUAGCCCUUGGUCCAUACAUGUUUGGGGCAUCAAACUCACUAUUGAAUGCAGACCACUAUGAGGUCUACUUCAAAGGAAUGCCUGCUUGGAAUGGACAGGUUCUAAGAAGGCAUGGAGAUGUAUUUGAGCGUACUUCUAGAGGUUAUUAUCACGCUCAUGGUCGUGUCGAUGAUACCAUGAAUUUGGGUGGUAUCAAGGUGGGUUCAGUUGAGAUUGAGGAUGUGUGCAAAACCAUAGACGAUACUAAUAUCCUCGAGACAGCAGCUAUUGCAGUCCCACCUCGUGGGGGUGGACCAGAUAUGCUAGUGGUUGCUGUUGUAUUAAAAGAUUCUAAUGGCCCAAAGGAAGUUGACUUGAACUCCCUGAAAAAUUAUUUCAACUUGGCUCUGCAGAAGAAGUUGAAUCCCUUGUUCAAGGUUUCAAAAGUGGUAUCUGUCCCUUCUCUCCCAAGAACAGCAACAAAUAAAGUCAUGAGAAGGCUACUAAGGCAGCAGUUCUCUCAGGAAUCGAAACUUUAGGCUGCCCAGUCUAAUGAUGAAGACAUGUGCAUUCAUGUUAUUGUGUAACUUAUCAUAAAUAAUACACCAAUAAGUUGGACUUUGCCGCCUAGAUGGUCUGUGCUGUAUUCUGUGAUUGUUGUGAAAAUCCAAAUAAAACAUACCUUGUACAGUGAUUACUCAUGUAUUGAAGGCAUUAAGACUUGAAGUCAAUAGGGUAAUAGAGAUGGUCCAAGAUAUGGAAGGAAUAAGUUCGUUGUGUUUUAAUGCAUUGAUGUGGGAUGAUUUAACAUGAUCUCGCAAAAUGAUGUCUCAUUUGAACAAAUCAAUCUUGAAGUUC